AAGUGACCAGUAUGGCCCGGAUUUGAAUCUGUCCGAUCACAUACCGGCCAUAUAAAAGGUCAGUGAACACUUGCUUUGUCUCUACCGUCCAUUUCUUCUUCCUGCUCUUCGCAUUUUUCCCGCUUUCCUCAUUUUCUUAUCUGUUUUCCUGUCUUGCUUUCUCCGAUGUCAGUCGCGUCUUCCAUGCAGGCACCCACGCCUAUGCCUACAAAAUUCAUCCUCCCCGACCUCGUCUCGCACUGUACCUUUGACAUCAGCGUCAGUCGGUACCGAAAGCAGAUCACAUCAGAGACCAAGAAAUGGCUAUUCACCAGCGGCAAUCUGAUGGGACAGAAACGCGCCAAAUACCACGGUUUGAAGUGCGGGUUGCUCACUGCAAUGUGUUACCCCGGAGCGGCGUGCCCCCAGAUCAGGGUCUGCAACGACUUUCUCACAUACCUAUUUCAUUUGGACAACCUUUCGGACGAUAUGGACAAAAGCGGGACCCAAACGACAGCGGAUGUUGUUCUCAACACCCUCUACCACCCACAUUCUUAUCAUUCUCCCACUCGUGUUUCCAAGAUGACGAAAGACUAUUGGCGACGUCUCAUCCAGACGGCUUCUCCAGGAACGCAACAACGCUUCAUCGAGACUUUCGACUUUUUCUUCCAGAGUGUAACGGAGCAGGCUCACGAUCGGCACACGGGUGUUAUUCCUGAUCUCGAAUCUUACAUUGCCCUUAGGCGAGACACAUCUGGGUGCAAGACAUCUUUUGUUCUGAUCGAGUACGCCUACAACCUCAAUAUCCCGGACGAAGUAAUGGACCACGAUCUAAUCCGUGGUCUCGGCGAGGCAGCCAAUGAUCUAGUAACAUGGUCUAACGAUAUUUUCUCAUACAAUGUUGAGCAAUCCAAGGGCGAUACCCACAACAUGAUUCCCGUUGUUAUGAAUGAGCAGGGGCUAGACCUCCAAUCUGCGGUAGAUUUUGUGGGAGAGUUGUGCAAGCAAGCUAUCGACCGGUUUAACUACGAUAGAACGCAACUUCCCUCUUGGGGCGAGCAGAUCGAUCGUGAAGUUGCCAUAUAUGUGCAAGGAUUAGCUGACUGGAUUGUCGGCUCUCUCCACUGGUCUUUCGAGUCCGAGCGAUACUUUGGAAAAAAUGGCCGCCAAGUUAAGGCGAGCCGAGUGGUUACACUCUUACCUCGUCGAUCGUCAUGAUCAUCCCCCUUUCGUGCAACCUUCACUUAUCUUAUAAUUUGUUCUCGCCAACUUCCGAGUUGUAUUGCUAACCGAUCCAUCUCC